UGCCCGCCCUAGUGGGUGGGAGGCCCUCAGAGCCUGGGAGUGGGCCCUCUGCCUGUUGAGGUCUGCCUGCCCACUCACCCGCCCGCCUGCCUGCCUGCCCAGCCUGCCAACCCCAGGUUCCAAGCCCCAGUGGGAGCCUUGUGAUGCCGUCACUUUGUGGUUGCAUACGGCCUGAUUUCAAGGAAAGGGGUGGAGGGCUGGGGGGAGGACGAGAGAAGGCAGGAAGGCCUCCAGAAGUUCAUCUCUUUCCCUGCUCUUCCUCAUCAUCCUUCCUCUCCCUUCCUUGCCUUCCCCCUUCCCAAUCUCCUAUGAUCCUCUGUUCCCUCCCUCACCUGGCCUGGCUGUGAAGGCUCGGGGCUGGCAGAGAGGCGUCACUGCGGCAGCUACAGCAGUGAGUGGAUUUUAAACUCAAUGUCUGGUUUGAAAGCUGGGGGCAGUGCCCUCCUGGCCCAGGGGGGGCCCCUGCCCUGCCCCAUCCCGUCCUGCCCCCCCCACACGUAAGUGAACCCUCUUCCCGUGUUUCAUGAAGACUAAUCCCAUCUCCUUUGUGCCGGGGCCACAGAGAGAAAGAGAGAGAGAGAGUGUGUGUGACUGAGUGAGUGAGUGAGUGUGUGUGUGUGUGUGUGUGUGGAUAGAUGUCUUCACUUCCUUUGUUCUGACUUUGCUGGCUGUGUGGUUUGUCCACCCUGUGUUUGCAGUCACUAUGCCACCGCCACUUUUGGGGGGAAAGCAUGCAUUUCUUCCUUGUGAGGAGGUGGAGGGGGGAGGUGGGAAGGCCGCAGAUCCCUGGCUUCAUUCCGCACUUGGGCUUGUACCCCAGGGAUGGGGGCAGGGAGCAUGGACUGUGAUGCCAAAUGAGGAGCCCAAGCCCUGGCUCUGGGAAAGGGAAGUAAGAGAGAGGACCCUCAGCUCCUUCAGGCUUGAGACUCUCUGUCACCUGCCUGCCAGCCUCUAGCUCAUUCCCCUCUUCCUGUCUCUCCCCAACAUUGCUGCAAGCAUUUUAGGGUUAAUGCCUCCAACCCUAACCCUAAGAACCCUCAGUACCCUAAAUGCGUAUGCAUGCAUUUGCGUGUGUGCGCACGUGCACACAUGUGGUAUCCCAGACAGGGAAGGGAAACAUUUGGACUCCUUCCUGGGAAUAGUUUAUCAGGCCAGCUUCUGCAAGGCUGAUGGGAUUGCCCCAGCAGAGAGGCAUGCUCUGUUUUUGAGGUCUGGCCCGGCCUGGCCCCAGAUUUUCCGACUUCCUGCCUGUGGGCCCCAUCCCCAGAGGGAGGACCUUGAUUCCCUGUUAGAGGGCAUUGUCCUCCUGCUGCCCAGAAAUGAAUCGCCUCUGGAGCCUGGCAGAGCAACACGACACUGGUCAUAAGACCAAAGAGCCAAAGUGGGGCCAGGGCUCCCCUGCACCUUCCAAGCUGCGCUACUCCAGCCGCCGGCAGAGCCGCAGAUGUGGGGUGUGUGCUGCGUGCCGGCGCUGUGUGGACUGCGGUCAGUGUGACUUCUGCCAGGACAAGCCCAAAUUUGGGGGCUGUAACCAGAAGCGCCAGAAGUGCCGGUGGAGGCAGUGCCUGAAGUUUGCCAUGAAACGUCUGCUGCCUACAGCCAGGUGGGACAGCCCUGCUGUAGAGGGGGCAGCUCUGCCUCGGUGCCGGUCACGCCGUAGGAAGGGGGCCUUGGUUAAGCAGGCCAAAUCUGGGGGCCUCCAGGGCCAGAGGCUGGUCACUGAGGCACUCAGCAGUGGGCUUGAGCAGAAGGGGCUCCCUGUGCUGACGGAGGAGCUCGGUCCUGGCUUUAUGCUGCCCCCAGGGACUGACCUGGUCAUUCUGCAGGAGCAGGAGGGGGGUGAGGGCAUCCCUGUGCUUGUGCCCAGCACCAAGCCACGAGGCUCCCUGCUCCCUGCCCCCGGCUGCAUCCUCCUUGAGGAGUAUGAGUGUCCAGGCCUUGGGGUGCUCAUCUCAUCCCCCCCAGUGAAGCAGGAGGUUGAGACUUAUGGGGACCAAGCUCCUGGAGCUGCCUCCCCACCCCCUGCAGGCUUCUUUCCUGGCCUCUGCAGCAAGGCAGCUAAUAGGGCCCGACUGCAGCCUUCCCUGAAACAAGGGGAGGAAGAGGAGGCGGCCACGGCAAACACCCCUGUGAUCAUGGAGAUUUAUAGUCUGAGCGGCGCCACCCCAACAGCUGCUGGGCCCUGUGGAGGCCUGGACAGUGUCCUACAAGAGUUUCUAGCAGAGCUGAACGAGCUGCCCCUGCCCGCUCACUGGGAGGUCCUGCCACCGAGAGGGCCAGACCUGUGCCUCAUCCAGCGUUCCCCCUUGUCCACCAUGGCUGCUGCGGUCAUCCACAUCCAGCCGGGCCUCUACUUCCACGUGGUGGUGCAAGAUGUCCCCGUCCCACCCAGCCACGAGCUAUACUCAGCCCACCCGUUGCGGCUCACCACGGUGGAUGAGGUGGUUGAACUCAUCUGCAACCUGGAGGCUUAUCGUCUGUGCCCUGGCUGGCCUGGCAGCUGGCAGCAGGGCCCACGUUCUCCAGACUGCGAUGUCCUAGUAUAUGAGGGCCGCUGCCGGGCCUGCUGCCGAAAGCCUUGCACCUCGGGGGGUGGCAGUAGCUGAGCAGGUGCCUUUUCCCUGGGUCCCCAUGCACUGAGCUGGCCUGUGGGCUCCCUUUCCCCUAGCUCUCCCUACUACACUGUGUACGAGUCAGUCUACACUGGAAGGGCUGAGGUGAGAACAGAUGUCUUCUCCCCCUGCCUCCCCACAAAAGCCAGCAUUUACCCACCUCCCACUAUGGACUGCUCUGAGGAUCCCCACUUUUCUGGCCUGCCCCAGCCCUCCGUGUGGUUUCCAAGAGAACUGUCAGUCCAUGUCUCCAAGAUCACCCCCCCCCCCCCAAACACACACACACUCGCCCUAACCUCAGGGACACGGGCUGGGCCCAUGUAGAGAAGAGUCAGAGUGAGGGGGGCGUGGAAGCUCGGGUUUGGAUUCUGGAAAUGGAGCCUCUAGGGAGGGGCAUCUGCAGGGCCAAAGAGCUACUCCUUCCUCUGCUGUGCCUUCCUCCCCCCAAGAGAAGCAAAAGGAAUCUAUUGUUUUUAUGUACUCUAGUGGCCUGCUUAGCUGGCCAGCUGGGCCCUGGCCUUUCUUUGCUGCCUUUACCUUUAUUUUUCUAAAUAAACUAUGGUGACAGUGU